AGGAUGGUUCACUUGCCCCAGAUGCCUCAGGACACUAUCCAGAAACCGCCCAAACACCAUGGGCAGCACAGGGCAGGUCUCCCCAGACCCAGAUCCCAAGGGCCCAGAGACAAGAGGGAGCCCAGGACGGGUGUCCCCAGGCUCAACCGUUAGCCGCUCGAAGUCACUGAGUCCAGGACAGGUCCAUGGACCGGACACUACUAUGGGAACCCAGUCCGCAGAGAGCCUGGCAGACCUCUGCACAGUGAGCACGGUGCAGGCAGGGCCUUCCCACGCCAUGAUGGAGGCCCUGGAGCAGGACUUCACGGAGAGGAAGAGCAGGUGUGCCUCUUCCAUCUUUGACUCCUCACCGGAACUGAUAUCCCAGGUGGAUCCCCAGGAUGACCUUCUCCUGAACCAGCUGGAGCCUCCUGAAGUCCUCCAGACAAACAAAUCUGAGAACACCUUGGGAAAAGGACUCUACAAGAGCUACAAAUAUAGUCACAUAAUGGACUCAGGAGGCUCACAUCAGUGUGGCUUCCACAGGGACGGGAGCCUGGGAUUGGCUACAUGGGUCAUCAUUGAUGCUUACAUGAUGGAACCUCUUCGAAAGACACCAAGGCUUGUUGGUACUGGGGAUCGAACUUGGGCUUUUGUGUUUUUAGGCAGGCUGCUGAACCACUGA